AUGGAAUCUGAUAGUCAAGAAGAGAUUGCGACGUCAACCAAUUACUCAAAUAAACGUGAAAAGAAACCUAAGAAAAAAUUUAAAGUUGAAAAAUCGUCAACUGCGGCUGGCUUAGGUGUUGAUAUAAAAGAAACUAAAAAAAUUAAGGGUAAAUCCGAAAAGAAAGUUUUUAAUUUAACAAACUCGGCUGGCGAGUAUUCUAAUAGUAACAGACCCAGUAAACUACCUGAAAAAUUCGAAGAAAAGAAAAGAAAGUGGAGUGAAGAAGAGGAUUUAGAAGAAUUAUUGUCUCCUAUAGUUGUAAUAGAGAGUUUUAAAAAGAAAAAAAGUACCGACGAAGAUAGUGAUGAUACCAGCAGUUUAAGUGACAUAAGCAGCAUAGACAAUGAGGAUGAUGAUACGUCGAUGACUAAAAUGGUGGCUAGUGUUGUUAUAAAUAAUACAAACAACAAAUAUCAAGAACACCCAACGCUUGCAUCACUUCCUCAAUCAACUAUCGAUGAGUUCUUCAGCACAAACGUAAUUCAAGUUGUUGGUGAUUCAACACUUAAACCAAUUAUGUCGUUUGAACAAUUGAUGGUAGACAAAGAAAUUAAACGUGUUUUGGCAAGAUUUGAUAAGCCAACACCAAUUCAGUCUACUUGUUGGCCUCUUUGCUUAAGCGGAAAAGAUGUGAUCGGAAUUGCAGAGACUGGUCCACCAUACAGUCCACCUAAUCAUCAACCUUUUGCUCUUGUCAUUGCACCAACACGCGAACUAGCCAUUCAAACACAUAAACAAUGUGAAAUGUUUGAUUCAACAUGUGGAAUUAAAAGCGUUUGCGUUUAUGGCGGUGUAGCCAAAGCUGAACAACGCAAACUAUUGCGAAAAGGUGCUCAUAUAGUAGUUGCUACACCUGGUCGGCUACUUGAUUUGGCUAACGACGGAGUAUGUGAUAUAAGCAAUGUUAAAUUCCUUGUACUCGAUGAAGCUGAUCGUAUGCUUGACACAGGAUUUGAAGAAGAAGUUCGUAAUAUCAUUCUAAAAACACGAAAAGAUCGUCAAACUGUAAUGUUUUCAGCAACUUGGCCCGAGUCUGUUCGUAAAUUGGCUAAUGAUUUUUUAACUAACCCAAUUCGAGUUACGAUUGGCUCACAAAACCUAGCUGCAAAUAGAAAUGUUACUCAAAUAGUGGAAGUAAUUGAUGAUCCAUCUGAAAAAGAUCGUCGACUCGUAACACUUUUAGAAAAGUAUCAUAAUCGAAAAAAUAGAGUUUUGAUAUUUGUUCUUUACAAAAAAGAAGCUUCACGCGUUGAAAAUAUGUUGGCACGUAAAGGAUAUGAGGCACAAUCUAUUCAUGGUGACAAGAGUCAAUUUCAACGUAUAGAAGCAUUAAAUGCAUUUAGAGAUGGAAUUUAUCCACUUUUGAUCGCGACAGAUGUUGCAUCAAGAGGAUUAGAUAUUCCUGAUGGAAUUUCUCAUACUCUUUUCACAUCUUAUGAUAAAGUACAUUCAGGAGAACUCAUUAGAAUAUUGCGCCAAACCAAUCAACAAAUACCUGACUCAUUACUUCGAUUUGGUAGUGGUACUAAAAAGAAGGAACAUAAAGCUUAUGGUGCUUUCUAUAAAGAAAUUGAUUAUAAUGUAAAACCUACGAAAAUCAAAUUUGAGGAUUGA